AUGGAAGCAACCAAGGUCCCAGAAGAACCUCAUACCAUCAUGGGUGCAAAUGAACACCCCUCUUCGAAGGAUCCCUCUACUGAAGACUUACAGCCGCUCUCUACCUCUGAACUUCCCUCGGUGCCUUCCAUUCCUCAGACAACUUCAGAAGAACCCCAGGCCUCUGAAGUCCUUUUGACACCAUCUUCCCAGACUCGUUUCAGGAAUUUUGUCUCUGAGAGUUCCUUGGAACCUUCUGUCUUUGAAACUCCUUCAGACCCUCCCAUGUCUGAGUUCCCAUCUGUUUCCCAGGUCUUCUCAGAGCCGUAUGGUCAUGAAUUUCCUUUAGUGCAAACCUCUUCCAAGACCCUGGACUCCAUUUCAGAACUUUCAGCUGAGGUGCACACAGACUUAGCUUCAAUGCGCACAGACAUAGCUUCAACGCAAAAGGAAGAGGCAAGCCCAAACGAGCAGAGUGUGGAUACUAGUGACAUAAUUUCUUAUUCAUCACUGCCUGAACUCCAACUAGACAAUACAAGCCUUCCAGUAAUCCCUACUAAUCAAGAAGAGCUUAUGGAUAUGGUUAAGACAAGUGAGCAGUUUGGUGCUCCAUUGAACCAUCUUUUCCAAUGGGAGAAGAGUGAAGCUUUGAAUUCCAUUCAGACAGGAAUCUACGUUGGCUGGCGCUGCCCCCACUACCUAUGGGACUGUUUCAGGAUUUGUGAAGAGUCUAAGUGCUUUUGUGGGCACCUGUUGAAAGAACACCAGAUCACCACAGACAUGAUUGUGCCUUGCUCUGAGAGCCAAUGCCGCUGUCUCAUGUUUUGCUUCAUCCCAUCACGCCCAGAAGAGGUGGGUGAAUUCUGGCUCAAAAGACGGGCUACCUUUGACCCCAAAGCCUGGAGAGCCCAAUGUCGUUGUAAACAUAGCCAUGAAGAGCAUGCAGCCACUGGGGCCCAUCCCUGCAAAUCUCGUGGAUGUGGCUGCAAAAGUUUUGAAUCUAAUUUCCUGUGUGCGGCCUGUGACCGGCGCUGGGAAGAACAUGAGACUUUCUUUGAAAUUCAGGGGAUGAAGCGACGGAAAAAAAAGGCUCGCGGGUCACAUUGCAGCAACAGCUGGCACAGGGCUUUCUGAGGCUGCCUCAGAUC